AUACUCCAUCAACACUUCUGCAAACGAUGGAAAGAAGAAUAUUUGAAAGAACUCCACAAAAGAUAUAAGUGGAAAUACCCUCAACGCAACAUAGACGUUAACGAUAUGGUAGUUAUACGUCAAGAAACUCUACCCCCAAAUGAGUGGAGACUUGGUCCCAUCGAAAAAACGUAUCUCGGUGCAGACAAUAAAGCAAGAGUAGUUGACAUACACACCUCUUAGGCAACAAUUUCCCGCCCAAUAACCAAAAUAGUCACCUUACCAAAUAAUUAAUCUUAUUUCCUUGUAGUGACAUGGCCCCUUAAAGCAGUACGAAGUCAAUUUGCAGCCGCCAAAGCAGCCCCACAUUCACUGUGCGAUCACUCAGCGUGACCCGUAGCAUCAGCCCACUCUCCGACGAAGGAACCCUGGCAAGACGCCUUUAUCGCUUCGAAGCGACCCUUUCCCCCAUUCGAGAAGAGCGAGGAAAUACGCAUUACACGGCCCGACGUACUAUAAGCCGUUCCUCACGCACAGCCCGGCGUACUAUCAGCCGUUCAUCAAAGCGAACACACAAAUACGUCGCCUGUGGAUUGUGUAAGAAAGAUCACAGACUGGUGACAUGUUCAAAAUUCACUCAAAUGAACAACAGCGAAAAGUUUGAGGCAGUCAUUAAAUAUAAGUACCGCGUCAAUUGCUUGGCCAGAUCGCAUUCCACCCAGAAGUGCACAAGCAAAAAACGAUGUGCCACGUGUAACGGGGAACACCAUUCCACCCUACAUGGACACCCCAGAUUGUUCUGCAAAGAGCCAAAGAAAACAGCAAAAGGCGAAGAACGAUUACAUAUACAAAAGGAUCUACCCACGUUACUGGCCAAGCCGACCCUCAUACCAACAGUCAUGAUCAAAGUCAAACACGAUGGCAAUUGGAACAAAAUACGACCCAUAAUCAACCCGACUCGAAAGGUGACUAUAACUGCGUCAGAACUGGUCCAGAGUCUGAGGUUACCGAAAACGUACCUCGACUCGUAUCGUAUAUGUAAAGUCGUAAUCGGAUCAUUAACUGAUUCCGACUGGCACGUCGAAGCUAACUGCCUUUUGACGCAUGAUUUACCGACCCGACCCUAUAAUCGUGACUUAAGUGGCGAAAUUAUUAAGAAGUUCGACCACUUAGUCCUAGCCGACCCUACAUUCUGGAAAGACGACAAAAUCAUGUUGGAACUGGGAGCUGACAUCUACCCAAGAUUGAUGAAACCCGGCUUAUUCAUCCCCGAUAACAACACCGUUAUCACACAAAACACCGCACUCGGUUGGACUUUAACCGGUGCUUGUGCGAUUUAAACCCCAAACACUGCAAGGCGGCCGGGAUGUUUAUACCAAAUGAACACAUCCCUGCAUUGUCCUCCUAACUCGUCUAAAUACGAAUUAGAG